AUGCAACAGUAUCUCUCUCACGCGGCUGCUCCCCAAUCGGAACUGCUCCGCUUACCAGUGAGGGCAGCCUUAGUGGGGAAAUCCGCAAAGAGGAAACUGCAGGACUUCAGAGAUGAGAAACAACCGCAUCGCGCGGAGAAGGGAGAAGAGGACGGGACCGGCUGCAGAGGGAUCGGAAAAAGCCAGGAACCUGAAAAGCGACCUAAAGCAGGCACAUCGGCUUCCUUCUCGGCUAGCGCCGAAAGCCGAGAGGCGAAGGAUGAUAUCCACGUGGAACUGCAAGGAUCUGAACUCUGGAAAAGAUUUCAUGAGAUUGGCACGGAAAUGAUUAUUACCAAAGCCGGCAGGAGAAUGUUUCCCUCUGUCAGGGUGAAAGUGAAGGGUCUGGAGCCAGCGAAACAAUAUUACGUCGCCAUUGACGUGGUCCCUGUGGACUCCAAAAGAUACAGGUAUGUCUACCACAGCUCCCAGUGGAUGGUGGCUGGGAACACAGACCACUCCUGUAUAACGCCCAGGCUCUAUAUCCACCCGGAUUCCCCCUGCUCGGGAGAGACCUGGAUGAGGCAAAUCGUCAGCUUCGACAGGGUGAAACUCACCAACAAUGAGAUGGACGACAAAGGGCAUAUUAUCCUGCAGUCCAUGCACAAGUACAAACCCAGAGUGCACGUUAUUGUGCAGGAUUCCAGAUUUGAUCUGGCUCAAAUCCAGUCUCUGCCAGCGGAAGGGGUUAAAACCUUUUCAUUUAAGGAAACCGAAUUCACCACUGUAACCGCUUAUCAAAACCAGCAGAUUACCAAACUGAAAAUAGACAGGAAUCCCUUUGCUAAAGGAUUUAGAGACCCUGGGAGAAACAGGGGAGUGCUGGAUGGACUUUUGGAAACAUAUCCAUGGAGGCCACCACUUACUCUGGAUUUUAAGACCUUUGGUGCAGAAACCCAAGAUGGGAGUUCUGGUUCUUCACCUGCAACCUCAAGUGGUGGGACGCCAUCUCCUCUGAAUUCCUUGCUUUCUCCAUCUUGCUCACCUCCUACAUUUCACUUGUCAGCGAGCAACAUUGGAUGGCCAUGCCCUGAAACAUAUCUACAUAAUCUCAAUUUGCCCCUUUACUACAAGAUUUGCCCUACAAGCCUUUUGAGACAACAGUCACUUGUAUUUCCAAGCCAUGAAAAACUGGGAGGCACCAAUCCACAUAUUUUACCCCACUUCAUGAUGGAUAUGCCUGUGCUAUCUUCCCUUGGCAUAACAAAUCUGAAAAAUGGUAAAUCUGAAGACUUAACUGGGCAGUGUCUACAAGUACCCAAUUCUGCUAAUCAAAUGUUGUAUGGAUUACAUGCAUCUGGAAACAUUUUCCCAUCAAGUCCCAUUGCUCGGGAAGCACUUAAUUGUUCUUUACAUUCUCCAUAUGGCUUGUGUGGUUAUAACUUUUCUAUGCCAUCUAGACUGAUGAACGCAACAAGCCAUUUCAAAGUGAAUGACAGCAUUCCAACUUCUUUUAGAGAUGGCAGAUGUAAUCAUUCUAUCUGGCACUCAGCAAUUAACCAUUGCCUCUAAUGGAACUACAUAACAUUUCUAAUGCAGUGACAUGUAAGCAAGUCUUUUCUUCAAUCAUUCCCAAAGGUUUGCUGAUUAUUGUAUAUAAAGUGCCUCAUAAUACUGGAGUGACCUGCCUCGAUAUUUAGCGUUUCAUAUACAAUUGUGUUGUAAAAAAUGUUCUGAGCAUGGGGGACAACAACAUAGCCAACAACAGAGAGAUGCCUUUUGGUAAGACUUAUUUAUGUAAUGUUCAUAGGAUAGGCACAAACUUUACAUUCACCCUUUUAAUAUUUGCACUUGGCAGCAGGAAUGAGAAAGGGGUGGAGGAAGUGGUCGGAAUUUGCAAGGCAGGGAGCUGACACAGCGUCGGCUCCAAAAAUCCACUCUCUCUUUCUCCC